GAGAAGAAGAAACAAUCCCAUUGUGAAAUAAUGGUUAGCCUCGACACUGAUGGAAAGACCAGUUGAAUGGUCGUCUUUAUAGCCUCGACACUGAUGGAAAGACCAGUUGAAUGGUCGUCUUUAUAGCCUCGACACUGAUGGAAAGACCAGUUGAAUGGUCGUCUUUAUAGCCUCGACACUGAUGGAAAGACCAGUUGACUGGUCGGCUUUAUAGCCUCGACAUUGAUGGAAAGACCAGUUGAAUGGUCGUCUUUAUAGCCUCGACACUGAUGGAAAGACCAGUUGACUGGUCGGCUUUAUAGCCUCAACACUGAUGGAAAGACCAGUUGAAUGGUCGUCUUUAUAGCCUCGACACUGAUGGAAAGACCAGUUGGACUGGUCGUUCUUAUAGCCUCGACACUGAUGGAAAGACCAGUUGACUGUUGAUGGGCUCGUUGGUCCUUGCGGUUGGGCUGUGGUUGCGGUUCGAUCCUGAGACCGUCGCUCUGCUGAACGGAGACGGAGCGCCAGACACCUUCUUUUAUGGUGUGUAUAUCCUGAUCAUAGCGGGCAGUCUAGUGAUGUUGGUGGGAUUCUUUGGCUGCUGUGGAGCCAUACGAGAGUCCCAGUGUCUGCUGGGGUCGUUCUUUGCCUGCCUGCUGAUAAUCUUUGGCGCAGAGGUUGCUGCUGGUGUGUUUGGCUUCUUGAACAAAGACAAGAUAAUCGAAGAUGUCCAGAACUAUUACAUAAAAUCCUACAACGACAACAAAAACAACAACACAAUGAUACAAAACUCUUACCACAAAGUUCUGAACUGUUGUGGGACGUCCCAGAGCUUCUGCCCUGAGGCCCCAGCUGACACCAAGGACUGUGAGGUGGGCAUCAAGGAGUUCUUCAACAGUAAACUCUACAUCAUUGGAUACGUGGGGAUCGGCAUCGCUGGAGUCAUGGUUAUAGGGAUGAUCUUCAGUAUGGUGUUGUGCUGUGCCAUCCGCAACAGCAGGGAGAUCAUGUAACCGGGCAGAGCUUCCACUCCUCCAGUCCCCCCCCCACAACAGCCCAACUCCAGUCCCCCACAACAGCCCAACUCCAGUCCCCCACAACAGCCCAGCUCCAGUCCCCCACAACAGCCCAACUCCAGUCCCCCACAACAGCUCAACUCCAGUCCCCCACAACAGCCCAACUCCAGUCCCCCACAACAGCUCAACUCCAGUCCCCCUCAACAGCCCAACUCCAGUCCCCCACAACAGCCCAACUCCAGUCCCCCACAACAGCCCAACUCCAGUCCCCCACAACAGCCCAACUCCAGUCCCCCACAACAGCCCAACUCCAGUCCCCCACAACAGCCCAACUCCAGUCCCCCACAACAGCCCAACUCCAGUCCCCCACAACAGGCCUCCUCCAGUCCCCUCAACAGCCCAACUCCAGUCCCCCACAACAGCCCAACUCCAGUCCCCCACAACAGCCCAACUCCAGUCCCCCACAACAGCCCAACUCCAGUCCCCCACAACAGCCCAACUCCAGUCCCCCCCAUCAGCCCAACUCCAGUCCCCCACAACAGCCCAACUCCAGUCCCCCACAACAGCCCAACUCCAGUCCCCCACAACAGCCCAACUCCAGUCCCCCCAACAGCCCAACUCCAGUCCCCCACAACAGCCCAACUCCAGUCCCCCACAACAGCCCAACUCCAGUCCCCCACAACAGCCCAACUCCAGUCCCCUCAACAGCCCAACUCCAGUCCCCUCAACAGCCCAACUCCAGUCCCCCCAACAGCCCAACUCCAGUCCCCCCAACAGCUCAACUCCAGUCCUCCCCUACCACCCCACUGACAUCUCCACUUCUAUGUACGUUCUGUAGUCAUCGUGACAAAGCUUUUCCACAGCCAGCACACUCUCUUCACGUGCCUUUUUUUUUUAAACACAAAACAAACAUAUUAAAAAACUGAUCAGUG